CUCCAUUCCUCAGCAUCCUAGCGGCCUUUAAAAAAAAAAUAAAAAAAAUUAUGAAUUCCACAAAAAUCCGUCUCUAUACAGCGCUGAAAUCCUCGGUAACUCAAAACCCAACAAUAAAUUUGUCAAUCUUAGAAACCCAAUUGCAGAAAUGCAAGAAUUCAAAGCAAUUCAAUCAAAUACACUCUCAAAUGAUUGUUUCUGGAUUCAUCAACGACACCUUUGCCGCCAGCCGCCUCCUCAAAUUCUCCGAACAAUCUCAAUUCGUCAGUCUAGAUUACUCCCGCUGCCUUCUCGAUCGAAUCGAAAACCCGAAUGGGUUUAUCUGGAAUACGAUGAUGAGAUUGUAUUUGCAAAGGAAUUUCCCCAAGUUUGUUAUACUUCUGUAUAUGCAAAUGUUACAGAGAAACUCCCUGCCCGACAAUUACACAUACCCACUUCUAGCCCAGUCAUGCACCCUCCGAUCGUGUGAAAAAGAAGGGAAAGAGAUUCACACCCAUGUUUUGAAAUUGGGUUUUGAUUCAGAUGUCUAUGUUCAGAACACUCUGAUCAGUAUGUAUGCUGCUUGUGGGAAUCUGCUGGAUGCUCGCCAAGUGUUUGAUGAGAGUUCCAUCUUGGAUUCGGUUUCAUGGAAUUCAAUUCUGGCUUCUUAUGUUCAAAUGGGUGAUGUUGAGGGAGCUUUGUCAAUUUUUGUUCGGAUGCCAGAACAAAACACAAUUGCUUCGAAUUCCAUGAUCGUAUUGUUUGGUAGGAGUGGACGCGUCAUUGAUGCACACAGAGUCUUUGAUGAAAUGACCCACAGAGACGUUGUCUCGUGGAGUGCUAUGAUUUCUUGUUAUGAGCAGAAUGAGAUGUUCCAGGAGGCAUUGGCGAUGUUUUCACGGAUGAAUCAUGAAGGAAUUGUGAUGGAUGAGGUUGUAAUGGUCAGUGUUCUUUCUGCCUGCUCACGCUUGUUGGUAGCUAAGGAAGGGGAGGCGAUUCAUGGAUUGAUUAUUAGAAUUGGGUUUGAAUCUUAUGUUAAUCUUCAAAAUGCUUUGAUUCAGAUGUAUUCAAGUUGCAGGAACAUAACUGCAGCACAGAGAGUGUUCAACUGGGGUCAGCACGUGGACCAGAUAUCAUGGAAUUCUAUGAUAUCCGGGUACUUGAAAUGCGGGUUUGUUGAUGAUGCAAGGAGAUUAUUUGAUUGCAUGCCUAACAAGGAUGUUGUCUCAUGGAGUGCAAUGAUAUCAGGUUAUGCUCAGCACGAUCGAUUCUCAGAGACAUUAGAAUUGUUCCAUGAGAUGCAAUGCAGAGAAAUUAGGCCAGACGAGAUCACAUUGGUUAGUGUAAUCUCAGCUUGUGCUCACCUCUCAGCCCUAGACCAAGGCAAAUGGGUUCAUACCUAUAUAAGGAAACAUGAUCUUUGUGUCAAUGUCAUUCUUGGCACAACCCUUAUAGACAUGUACAUGAAGUUUGGGUGUGUGGAAAAUGCAUUAGAGGUCUUUCAUGCUAUGGACGAAAGGGGUGUUUCUUCUUGGAAUGCUGUCAUUGUAGGGUUGGCAAUGAACGGAUUAGUCGAGCAGGCACUCAAGAAGUUCUCAGAGAUGAAAUGCCAUGGGGUCGUGCCUAAUGAGAUAACCUUUGUGGGUGUGUUGGGUGCCUGUCGGCAUGUGGGCUUAGUGGACGAGGGGCGUCAGUACUUUGAUUCUAUGACACGGACACACAAGAUAGAACCCAAUGUUAAGCAUUACGGAUGCAUGGUUGACCUUCUUGGCAGAGCAGGUUUGCUUAGAGAAGCAGAGGAACUCAUAGAAAGCAUGCCUAUGACACCAGACGUGGCUACUUGGGGUGCUUUGCUUGGUGCUUGUAGGAAGCAUGGUAAUGCUGAAAUAGGUGAAAGGGUAGGAAGAAGGCUCAUUGAGCUCGAGCCUCAACAUGAUGGGUUCCAUGUAUUACUAUCUAAUAUAUAUGCAUCAAAAGGGAGGUGGGAUGCUGUUAUAGAAAUUCGCGGGAUGAUGAAGCAACAAGGAGUUGUGAAAAUGCCCGGUUGCAGCUUGAUUGAAGCCAAUGGUGUUGUUCAUGAGUUCCUAGCAGGAGAUAGAACGCACCCUCAAACAAAAGCAAUCGACAAAAUGCUGAAUGAGAUGUCUCAGAGAUUGAAGAUCGAAGGCUAUGAACCGGAAACUAAUGAGGUUGCUCUUGACAUUGACGAAGAAGAGAAGGAAACCAGUCUCUAUAGACACAGUGAGAAGCUCGCCAUUGCCUUUGGGCUUAUCAGCACGAGUCCAUCAAUGCCAAUUAGGAUAAUGAAAAAUCUACGAAUAUGCGGUGAUUGUCAUUCUGCAGCGAAGAUAAUCUCUAGAGCAUUUGAACGCGAAAUAGUGGUCAGGGAUAGGCAUCGUUUUCACCACUUUAAACAAGGUGUUUGUUCUUGUACAGAUUACUGGUAACAUGAAUUGUUCUUUUUCUUUAGCCUGAAACAGAUGUUGAUUAAAAUCAA